AUGGAAAAAUUGGGGUUGAUAGAAGCCCAGUCUUACAAGCAAACAGAAAAAGUCAAAGAACUGCAGCAUAUCAAUUGUGACGAUGACAUUAUGCGGCGACGUAUCAAUCUUCAAAAGGCACAACACACUAUCUUCAUUUGGUUGAAAACUAAUGAUACAAAUUUUCAAGAUACAUCUACACAACUUCAAGAUAUUGUUAGUACUGCCUAUACUUUUGAAGAUAGUGAUGAAUGUGUCGAUUUCAUUACCACCGUUACAGAUAAUAAAGUUUGUCUAAUUCUCGCAGCUUCUCUUGAACGACAUACAAUACCUUGUAUACACGAAAUUUCUCAACUGCAUUCUAUAUUCAUUUUUGGUAACUCUAUCACAUGUGACGACGAAUGGAAGAAAGCAUGGUCAAAAGUGAAAGGUAUUUUCACAGAAGUCACAGUUCUCUGUCACGAGCUCCAACAACUGACUCGGCAACAUCACCAGAGCGAUAUACCAAUUAGUUUCGUAACGCCCGGUGAAAAAUCGAAUAAACUGGACCCGACUUUCAUGUAUACACAAAUUAUGAAGGACAUGAUGUUGACUAUCGAAUACAACGAAGAACAUCUCAGCGAAUAUUGCAACUACUGUUGCGAUACAGUUGCCGACAAUCUACAAACUGUCAAUCGUAUCCGACAAUUCGAGCGUGAUUAUAAUGAAAAGUCCCCAAUAUGGUGCUACAGUUACUAUCGUUUUCUCUAUUCGAUGCUCAAUCGUUCUUUGCGGAUACUCGAUGGAGAUAUUAUUCGGCGCAUGGGAUUCUUCAUUACUGCUCUUCAUCGCGCUAUUGAACAACUACACAAAGAACAAUAUCUCGAUAACCCGUUUCCGCAGUCGUUUACAGUAUAUCGAGGACAAGCGUUGUCCAAAGCAACGUUUGAUCAGCUUACAAAAGCCAAGCAUGGAUUGAUAUCAUUCAACAAUUUUCUAUCUACCUCUACUGACUAUGAUGUUGCGCAUCUACUUGGUGAAAGCAAUGCGACGAAUCCCGACGACGUAGGAAUUGUUUUUGUUAUGCAGAUAGAUCCAACCCAAACAACAACACCAUUCACUUCGAUAAGCGAAAUCAGCAAUUUUUCCGAAGAAAACGAAAUCCUCUUUUCGAUGCAUUCCAUAUUUCGCAUACAUGAAAUCCAACCAAUUGAUCACACUCAUCAACUAUAUAAGGUUCAUUUAUCACUUACCACUGACCAUGAUCAAGAUUUACAUAACCUAACCCAAUAUAUUAAGCAUGAGAGUUACACUGAUCAGCAGAGCUGCUAUGCGCUACCUCAACUACUAAUCGACAUUGGACAGCAAAAUGCAGCAGAACCUCUUUGCCAAUAUUUACUAAGAGGUACAGAUGGCAAAGAUAACAGCUUUUACUCAACAAACAAGGUUUCAUUCCUACUUGGAUGCAUAAAACGAGCACAAGGAAAUUACAGUGAAGCUCUAGCAUUUCAUCAGAACUUACUUACAAAUGUCGCACAACAACUUCCACCAAAUCAUCCAGAUUUGGCCGGAUCCUAUAGUAACAUUGCUGUGGUGCAUGGUCACAUCGGCAAUUACUCUCAGGCGCUUGAGUAUCAUGAGAAAGCGCUUGCGAUUCGAACACAAUCACUUCCACCAAAUCAUCCACAUUUGGCCGGAUACUAUACUAACAUUGGUGCGCUGCAUCAUGAGGUGGGCAAUUACUCUCAGGCGCUUGAGUAUCAGGAGAAAGCGCUUUCGAUUCAAACACAAUCACUUCCACGAAAUCAUCCACAUUUGGGUGCAUCCUAUAAUAACAUUGGUGAAGCGCAUCGUGAGAUGGGCAAUUACUCUCACGCGCUUGAACAUCAUGAGAAAGCCCUUUCGAUUCGAACAGAAUCACUUCCACCAAAUCAUCCAGAUUUCGCCGGAUCCUAUGCUAACAUUGGUGUAGUGCAUCGUGAGAUGGGCAAUUACUCUCACGCGCUUGAGUAUCAUGAGAAAGCCCUUUCGAUUCGAACAGAAUCACUUCCACCAAAUCAUCCAGAUUUGGCCAGAUCCUAUGCUAAUAUUAGUGGGGUGCAUCAUGCGACGGGGAAUUACUCUCAGGCGCUUGAGUAUCAGGAGAAAGCGCUUUCGAUUCUAACACAAUCACUUCCGCGAAAUCAUCCAAGUUUGGCUGCAUCCUAUACUAACAUUGGUGAAGUGCAUCGUGAGAUGGGCAAUUACUCUCAGGCGCUUGAACAUCAUGAGAAAGCCCUUUCGAUUCGAACAGAAUCACUUCCACCAAAUCAUCCAGAUUUGGCCAGAUCCUAUACUAACAUUGGUGUAGUGCAUGGUCACAUGGGCAAUUACUCUCACGCGCUUGAGUAUCAUGAAAAAGCGCUUGCGAUUCUAACACAACAGCUUCCACCAAAUCGUCCGGAUUUGGCCGGAUACUAUAGUAACAUUGCUGUGGUGCAUGGUCACAUGGGCAAUUACUCUCACGCGCUUGAGUAUCAUGAAAAAGCGCUUGCGAUUCUAACACAACAGCUUCCACCAAAUCGUCCGGAUUUGGCCGGAUCCUAUAGUAACAUUGCUGUGGUGCAUGGUCACAUGGGCAAUUACUCUCAGGCGCUUGAGUAUCAUGAGAAAGCCCUUUCGAUUCAAACAGAAUCACUUCCACCAAAUCAUACAGAUUUGGCUGCAUCCUAUACUAACAUUGGUGUAGUGCAUCAUGAGAUGGGCAAUUACUCUCAGGCGCUUGAGUAUCAUGAGAAAGCCCUUUCGAUUCGAACAGAAUCACUUCCACCAAAUCAUCCAGAUUUGGCCAGAUCCUAUACUAACAUUGGUGUAGUGCAUCAUGAGAUGGGCAAUUACUCUCAGGCGCUUGAGCAUCAUGAGAAAGCGCUUUGGAUCAACACAAAAUCAGUUCCACCAAAUCAUCCUAGUCUUGCUGCGUCGUAUGUUUGUAUUGGGCUGGUAUUGGAGAGGAACGGUGAUGUUUCAAGAGCACGCUAUCAUUACAGAAAGGCGCAUGAAAUUUUGGCUGCUCUUCUCCCCCUCGUGGACGAAAGAAUUAUUGGCAUUUGGGAAAAAUUGGGCUAUGUAUAUACGAAGAAGGGAAAGCAUGGACAGGUGCUGGCAUUUUGCCCGGCAACUUCGGUAUCUACGGAAAAAUGGCGAUGCCAUGCGAGAUGUUCGGAAUGA